CCUAGCUCAACUCCCAGAAAAUAGUAAGUCUAUCAAGCUUCGUUUUUUCCCAAUUAAUCACUCGUGAAUUAAUUCACACAUACCACCACGUUCACUUCACAAUUGCUUCUAUUUGAUGACAUCUGAAGCUACCCCACCAUCCCACCAAUCCUCCCCCCCUCCAUUUUCUUACGACCCCUACGCUUUUUUUGUUCAAUCUUAUUCCCUAAUCUAAAUUCACGUCAGAUUUCAACAUGGCCAUUAAGAAGGUCCACGCUCGUACCGUCUACGACUCCCGUGGCAACCCUACCGUAGAGGUAGAUGUUGUCACUGACACCGGCCUUCACCGUGCCAUUGUUCCCUCGGGAGCUUCCACCGGUCAACACGAGGCUGUUGAGCUCCGUGAUGGUGACAAGAGCAAGUGGGGUGGUAAGGGUGUUACCAAGGCUGUUAACAAUGUCAACAGCACUAUUGGACCCGCAGUCAUUAAGGAGGGUCUUGAUGUGAAGGACCAGAGCGCAGUUGACAAGUUCCUCAACAGCCUCGAUGGCACACCAAACAAGCAAAAGCUUGGUGCCAACGCUAUCCUCGGUGUUUCCCUCGCUAUUGCCAAGGCCGGUGCUGCUGAGAAGGGUGUUCCUCUAUACGCCCACGUCUCGGACCUAGCUGGCACCAAGAAGCCCUACGUCCUACCCGUUCCUUUCAUGAACGUCCUAAACGGUGGUUCUCACGCCGGUGGCCGAUUGGCUUUCCAAGAAUUCAUGAUUGUCCCUUCCAGUGCUCCUUCUUUCACCGAGGCUCUACGUCAAGGUGCUGAGGUUUACCAGAAGCUAAAGGCUCUUGCCAAGAAGAAGUACGGCCAAUCUGCAGGCAACGUCGGUGACGAGGGUGGUGUUGCCCCGGAUAUCCAGACUGCCGAUGAGGCUCUUGAGCUCAUCACUGGAGCUAUCGAGCAAGCCGGCUACACUGGCAAGGUCCACAUCGCUAUGGAUGUUGCCUCCAGCGAGUUCUACAAGGAGGACGUCAAGAAGUACGACCUGGACUUCAAGAACCCUGACAGCGACCCAAGCAAGUGGAUUACCUACGAGGAGCUCGCUGCCUUGUACAGCGACCUCGCCAAGAAGUACCCUAUUGUCAGCAUUGAGGACCCCUUCGCUGAGGACGACUGGGAGGCGUGGAGCUACUUCUACAAGACCCAAGACAUUCAAAUCGUUGGUGACGACUUAACAGUCACCAACCCCAUCCGCAUCAAGAAGGCUAUCGAGCUUAAGGCCGCUAACGCCCUACUCCUAAAGGUCAACCAGAUUGGUACUCUAACUGAGUCUAUCCAGGCUGCCAAGGACUCCUACGCCGAUGGCUGGGGUGUCAUGGUUUCUCACCGAUCUGGUGAGACCGAGGAUGUUACCAUUGCCGACAUUGUUGUCGGUAUCCGAGCAGGCCAGAUCAAGACUGGUGCUCCUGCUCGUUCCGAGCGUCUUGCCAAGCUCAACCAGAUCCUCCGUAUUGAGGAAGAACUCGGCGACAACGCUAUCUACGCCGGCGAGAACUUCCGCAAGGCUGUUAACCUAUAAAUCGGGAAUUCAGCUGGAACUUGAAUGAACUAAUCUGCACGCGCUUUAAUAUGGUAACGAAUAAGGGAUGACUGGGGGCGGUUUAGCUCGGGAAAAAUCGGUCAACCUAGAUUAUUAGCUCGUAUUGAAAUGAAAUGAAACGAAAAUGUGUACAA